GGACAACGGACGUUCUAGGUAGGUAGGGUAGGUAGGUACUGAUGAAUCCUAAAGUGAUACAUACAUACAUACAUACACACUUCCCUUUCCAGAUCUUGACAAUCGGAACUUUCAUAUCCCGUCUUCGAUCAACGUUCCCAUUCACUCCCAAGAUUUGUCAGGAAGGAACCGUAGGGAUUACGCUCUACUUUACUUUACUUUACUUUACUUUACUUUACUUUACUUUACUUUACUUUACAUUACAUCAAUCGCAGGUGUUCUUUUGUUUUGCCAUUAACCACGACACUCACUGGCAGAAGGGAAAGUCGAGUUGCCCGUCCAAGCAAGUGAAUCUUUUGAAACCCCCGUCCAAACCGCACUUUACUUUACAUAUACGAGUCACCAGAACCUCCUCCCUUCCACACGAUAAAUAAAGUAAACUCUUUCGACCCACAGCACCCUGUACCCCACACAUUUCUUCCAGCGAUCUCAUUUCGUUACGGUAGACGAUUCGAAUUCGGUGCCAGGUGUAGACCAGACCAAGAGGCCCAGCAAAAGGAACUAAGGACACGGACGAAGUGCACGAAAGUGAUCAGAUCUUGUGGAUUUGACAACGCCGCAUUUACAAGGCUAUCCAAAUAUUUAAAAGACUGUACUUGAGCUCCCUACCUCCUCGAGUGCGAUUUCAGACAAGAUGGCCGGAACGAGGAAUUACGACUUUUUGAUUAAACUCCUUUUGAUAGGCGAUUCCGGCGUGGGAAAAUCAUGCUGUCUCUUGCGUUUCAGCGAGGAUAGUUUCACACCUUCGUUCAUCACCACGAUUGGAAUUGAUUUCAAGAUUCGUACAAUUGAGUUGGAUGGAAAGAGAGUGAAGUUGCAGAUUUGGGAUACGGCGGGUCAGGAGAGAUUUAGGACGAUUACCACGGCGUAUUAUAGGGGGGCCAUGGGCAUCUUGCUUGUUUAUGAUGUUACAGAUGAGAGAUCCUUUACAAAUAUCCGCACCUGGUUCAGCAACGUCGAACAACAUGCCACCGAAGGUGUAAACAAGAUCCUCAUAGGCAAUAAGUGCGAUUGGGAAGACAAACGAGUUGUAUCCACCGAACGCGGUCAACAAUUAGCAGAUGAACUCGGCAUUCCUUUCCUCGAGGUAUCCGCCAAGAGCAACAUUAAUGUAGAAAAGGCAUUCUAUAGUUUGGCGGCAGAUAUCAAGAAGAGAAUCGUGGAUACGAGUAAGAUAGAUCAGGCGGCGCAACAAGGCGUUGAUGUGGGCGGUCAGAGUAGCGGGGGUGGAAGUAAGUGUUGCUAGAGGAAGAGGCAUGUUGUGUUGUUUGAGGGGAAAGGGGCUCGAUGAUAUAAUAUGAUAUGAUAUGAUUGCGGAAGAAGCAAAGGGGGAGAAGGAGAGAUUAUUUUAUGAUUUGAUUCUAUAGAGGGGAGAAGAAGAGAGGUCUGAAGAAGUAGGACUGGGGAGGAAGAACAGUGGUUAAGCACAGUGCAAGAGGCAAUACAAUGGUGUUCGCGGGUUGGUAGUGCAUAACCAUUGCUUUGUUUACUUUUACCUUUUUUUUUUAUCAAGAGAGAAGCCGGAGUUGGGUGAUUAUGCGUAUUUAUAUGGUAUUAAAUUGAUAGGCGUGUUCUUUUUUUAUAUAUUGAUGAUUGUGUUGAUGAUGAUGAUGUUUAUGAUGGUGAGAUGGUGAUGAUGGUGAUAAUGAUGGUGAUAAUGAUGAGUUUGAAUCAUGGGUUUGGUGAUUGGUGACGUGUAUGUGUAUGUGUGCAUGUGCGUGUCAGGAGGAGGAGGAGGAUGUUGAUGUUGGUGAUGAUGAUCAUGAUAGUGGUGUUGGUGAUGUGUAUGUGUGGGGGAUAUCAUAGUAAGAUUUAUAUACAAGUUUAUAUAUGUAUGUAUAUAUAUAUUCAGGAAAGGAGAGGAAAGGAGAGGAAAGGAGAGGAAAGGAGAGGAAAGGAGAGGA